AUGCAGAGGGAGAGCAGGAAGAAAGGUGCCAGCCGGACUCUGACUUUGAGAGUGUUCCAGCAGGCUCCUGGAUCUCUUCUCAUUCCAUCCCUCAGCUUCAACUUCCCCUCAGUGCAGACACCCCCCAAGUCUACUCCCAGACACUCUCCUGAGAUCCAGAUCCCAAUGCCCAAGUACUUUCUGAAAAUCUUCCCUCGGAGGCCUCACAGGAAUGCAAAAGUUGUGAACUGCUUAUACCAAAACCCUGGUGCAAUCUUUAGGCUGAUUUGUUUUCCCUGGGCAGGAGGUGGUUCCAACUAUUUUUCCAAGUGGGGACAAAAGAUUCAUAAUUCACUGGAAGUGCACUCCAUAAGGCUUGCGGGAAGAGAAAGUCGAUCUGAAGAACCUUUUGCAAGUGACAUCCAUGAGGUCGUUGAUGAAAUUGCUGGUGCUCUGCUGCCGGUCCUCCAGGAUAAGCCAUUUGCAUUUCUUGGCCACAGUAUGGGAUCCUAUAUUGCUUUUAUGACUGCACUGCAGCUAAAAGAAAAACAUAAGCUAGAGCCAGCACAUUUGUUUGUGUCGAGUGUAGCGCCUCCUCAUGCCCGGCUUCACAUUCCCGAAGAAAACGAAUUGUCAGAAGAAAGAAUUGCCUGUCUCCUUAAGGACUAUGGAGGCACUCCCAAGGAUUUUAUUUACGACAAGGAACUUUUGCGAGAAUAUACAACCAAAGUGCUAGCAGAUGCACGCAUUUUUAGAAGUUACGUCUUUGAUAGACCAUCUGAGGCUCUCCUUUCCUGUGACUUAACCUGUUUCCUUGGAUCUGAAGAUAUCGUAAAGGAUAUGGAAGCCUGGAAAGAUGUGACCAGUGGAAGUGUUGAUAUUCACGUGCUUCCAGGAGAUCACUUUUAUUUUAUGGAGCCAUCCAAUGAGAGCUUCAUCAAGAACUACAUUACCAAGUGUCUAGAAGUAUCAAUGCUCUCCUCCUUUUAGUCUUAAAAUAGUCAAAGUGAUUAUAUGAUACUCUUCUUGAUUUUUCAGAUGUAGUUCACUGCUUUUAUUUCGAGAUUUGAAAAUGAUAUAUUUGCCACUGUCAGGGUGAUUUCUUUACAGAGCGUUUAUGUAUCUGGGGACAAAAGACAAAUGGGUAAAGAAUACUUCUUGGCAGGGUCCUCUGUUUUCCUAUUAGAAUCUCAUUUGAGUCUCAGCUGUGGGAAGGUUAACAAAAUUCUUGCUUGGUCAACUAUCCAUUUUUCCCCUUCAAUUAUUUUAACAGUGAAAAUGAUAGACAAGGAAAUGCUAGAAAAUAAAUUAUUGUUCCAGCAACACAUUGUGGCUCAAAGCCUGAUCAGAUCUUUUGAAAUGUGGGGUUCUCUCAUUUAAUGAGAAAAUGUACGUCCUGUUUUAUUAAAAUAAGACCAUCCUGAACUGUCAUUGCCGUCUGUGCUGGCAAGUCCUCAGAACACCUUCCAACGGGUUCCUCCCACAUCGACUGCCUGUUGGCGCUGUGUGGCUUUGCUGCUGCCCUGGCAAUGACUGA